UUUUUUGGGAUCUAGGAUUUCAGUUUUAGUCGUUUGAUUUGUCUUUUUUCUAGAUAAAACAUCUCCAGUAAAAAAAUGCAAGCCCCAAUAAUUUUGUUGAAAGAGGGAACUGACACUUCCCAGGGGAAACCUCAACUGAUCAGCAACAUAAAUGCAUGUCAGGCGAUUGUUGAUGCUGUUAGGACAACUCUUGGACCCAGAGGAAUGGACAAGCUCAUUGUAGAUAACCAUGGCAAAGCCACUAUUUCAAACGAUGGGGCCACAAUAAUGAAGUUGUUGGAUGUAAUUCACCCAGCAGCUCAGACACUUGUAGAAAUUGCAAAGUCUCAGGAUGCUGAGGUAGGUGAUGGAACCACCAGUGUAGUUCUGUUAGCUGGAGAGUUUCUGAAAUUGAGCAAGUCAUUUGUGGAGGAGGGGGUCCACCCACAGAUCAUCAUCAGGGCAUUCAGGAGGGCCUCGUUACUUGCUUGUCAGAAAAUUAAAGACAUUGCAGUUCACAUCAAAGACUCAGAUAGCAAAAACCACAGACAACUGUUGAAGAGGUGUGCCUCAACAGCACUCAGCUCGAAACUCGUUGCUCACCAAAAAGAUUUCUUUGCCAACAUGGUCGUUGAUGCUGUUAUGUCAUUGGAUGAACUACUUUCCCUUGAUAUGAUUGGCAUCAAGAAGGUGACUGGCGGUGCACUUGAGGACUCUCAGCUGAUAGAAGGUGUCGCCUUCAAGAAGACAUUCAGUUAUGCAGGUUUUGAGAUGCAGCCCAAGAAGUAUGUCAAGCCAAAAAUUGCUCUCCUCAACAUCGAGUUGGAACUGAAGGCUGAGAAGGAUAACGCUGAAGUCAGAGUUGAGUCUGUCGAGGAGUACCAGGCAGUCGUUGAUGCAGAAUGGAGCAUCUUGUAUGACAAACUUGAGAAGUUGUACAUGUCAGGAGCAAAAGUUGUUCUGUCAAAGUUGCCCAUUGGUGAUGUAGCUACUCAGUAUUUUGCUGACCGAGACAUGUUUUGUGCUGGUCGUGUAACGGAGGAGGAUUUGAAAAGAACCAUGCAAGCCUGUGGUGGCUCCAUUCAAUCUACUGUCUCAUCACUCACUGAAGAAGUUCUAGGGAUGUGUGAGCUCUUUGAAGAAAGACAAGUUGGAGGAGAUCGUUACAAUCUGUUUACUGGUUGUCCAAAAGCCAGAACAUGCACCCUGAUUUUGAGAGGAGGAGCAGAACAAUUCAUUGAGGAGACUGAAAGAAGUCUGCACGAUGCCAUCAUGAUUGUCAGGAGAACCAUCAAAAAUGAUGCCGUUGUGGCAGGUGGUGGUGCCAUUGAGAUGGAACUCAGUAAAUAUCUUCGUGAUUACUCCAGAAGUGUACCAGGCAAGGAACAACUUUUGAUCAAUUGCAUGGCGAAGGCUCUUGAAGUAAUACCAAGACAGCUGUGUGACAAUGCAGGGUUCGACGCCACCAACGUACUCAACAAGCUGAGACAGAAGCAUGCACAGGGUGGCAAGUGGUACGGCGUGGACAUUAACAGCGAAGGUAUAACAGACAAUUUUGAAGCUUGUGUAUGGGAGCCAGCAGUUGUCAAGAUCAAUGCACUGACUGCUGCCUCCGAGGCUGCCUGCCUAAUCCUAUCAGUCGAUGAAACUAUCAAGAAUCCUAAAUCAACUGUAGAGGACGCAUCAGGGGGUCAAGGGAUGGGCGGAGGAAGACCAUUUUAAAUAAAUAUUGAUGUGUAUUUAUUUAAUGACAUGCAUUACGUAUUUAUUCUGUUUGUCAGUGGGUCGAAAUUUUAAGGAUUUGCUACCGUUUGUUUUUAUCUGUUAAAAAUAUUUAAAGAUAAAUUAUCAAAAUUACGAUAUAUAAUUACAAUGCUAGCAAUUUGUCUGUUUUGUCCGUCAUGCUAUCUCAAUUUUUUUAUAGACGUUUGCUUUUACGACUAGGUCACUUAUCUGAUGCAGCAAUAAAAUUCUGCUGUGUUGUUUC